CUGACCAUCAGCACCUGUACUCCACCCUGUCUGUCUAGCUUCAAUUUCCAGCCAUGAGAUCUUGUUGUGAUGGGUUUGGUCACAGAGAUCUCUUUGAUGCUAUCAUGUGCUGUGCUGAAAAACCACUGAGUCUGCCUAUUUGUCUUCUGGGGUGCUCAUCACUCAGUCCUGCUGAUCUAGAACAUCUCAUCUACUCCAGAGCUAGCACAGAAUUGGGAUCACAGCCCACAGCAGAGCAACAAAGACACUGAGAUCAUCUAAACUCUUGAAAGGCUCAGCGACCUUUGUCACAACACCCAGAUGCACAGAACCCCAGCUAUCCUGGAACUGUCUGGCACCUAUGACAUUAAAGGCACAUGGAAGAGUUCUAUCACCUUGCCAUGCGUCUACACGCCUUCCCAGGACAUUGUGCAGCAAACAGUCAUUUGGACCCUGGAGCGAGAUCAAAGCCCUGCCACUGUUUUCCGAAGGGAUAGCUCUGGGGAUCACAUCCUGUUGUCACAGUAUAGAGAUAGGGUCAGCGUCCCAAAUAGCACCCCAGGGGAUGUCUCUCUUGAAAUUGAGAUGCUUGAAGUCACAGACAGUGGACACUACACUUGCAAAGUCACCUGGAAAGCCCCGAACAAGAGCCUGCUAACAAAGGAGAGAACCAUGAUGGUCCGUGUCAUUAAAGUUGCAGUGACUAAACCCAUCAUCAAACCGGGCAAUCUGGGCUUCACCGUACCGAAAGGGGCUAGCGCCAGCCUGACUUGUUCUGCCAAUGGGUCCCCACCUAUCAUCUACCGCUGGUUCAAGGGAGAGCCUGGAGGAAAGGCGGUGCACGUGAGCAAUCACGCCGUACUCAUGUUUGAUUCUCUGCAGAUGUCUGACACGGGGAAAUAUUACUGCAAGGCAGAAAACAGAGCAACCUCCCAAGUCAUGGAGCAGAGUGAUUCAGUGCAACUGACUGUGAUGGAGUACCAAGGGGCCAGCCUGCCCCUCUAUGUCAUCAUCCUGAUUGGUGUGCUCUGCAUGGCUGUGGUGUUAGUUGUCAUUGCUGUCAUCUUGUGCAGGAGAAAGAUCAAGAAGGAUAAUUCAAAUGAAAUAACACAUCAUAACUCCAAGAACCUCACAAGAAGAAAGCCUUGUUCAGAAGUCAAUGACAAGUGCACUUACGAGGAAGCCAUAACUAGAGCCGAAAACAACUAUACAUCACAGCCUGUGAAAGAGAAUGAAUAUGAGACAAUAAGUCCAAUGAAAACCAAUGACUAUGCAACCCUUGUGAAAGCAACAGAAUCUGAAUAUGAACUGGUGGAUGUUCCAUAGAAAACUAGCAUUUACUCACAAGCAAAGGUGCAGAAGACAGGGUGGUAGAGCUUGAACGGUGAUCAUUCAUUAAGGGAAGCCCUUUGCCCUUUACACCACCUUCUCUGAUAAAAAUACUAAGCUUAUUGUGUGAAUUGUUGAAGAGCAAGUGCAUCUGGUCUUUCAUGGGCUCCAGUUUGCUUUAUUGGUGCUUGAGAAUUUGUGUGAAACCUACCCAAGAUCGGCUUCCUGGGGUAAAAUAUCCAGGAAUUAAACAUGUUGAGAAGUUCCUCUCUCCCUCCUAGGCCUAGUGUUCAGCACAGACAAUGGAAUGGCCUUUAAUAGUGUGAGGGCAGUUCAGGAAAAAAAAAAGCUGAAAGCAAGGUCAAAUUCAAACCUACACUGCUCUAAAGGUACUAGCACAAAGGAACCAACUCUGCAGCCAUAUCUUCUCUGCAAUUUAGAAUAGUUUUUAUGCCAUGCAUAUACUGUGAGAGAAAAUGUGUGUGUAUUCUGUAGUAAAAUUUAGCUACUGCUACUUAGCUGCCUAAUCAUAUGGUAUCUCUAUAUAGGACCUACUCUUUCAGAGAGUCCUUUCUUUGAUCUCUUGCUAGAAUUACAUUUUUAGCAUUUGGAAAAGAUGGAAUAUAGUGCCUAGGAGCGUUGGCAUCUGCCAACGUUACUUUUAUCUGUUCCUUGCUUUGCCCUUAGACACUAAGGGUAUGUCUAGACUACAAGCCUCUUUCGAAAGAGAGCAUCUAGACAGCAACCACUUUUUUCGAAAAAGAGAGCAGCCUGGAUGCUCUCUUUUG